AAUAGAUGUAGUUUCAUAGCUAGUAGUUAGAUUGUUGUUAGCUGGUGCCUAGAAUGGAGGAUCGCUAACUGCCCUGUUGACAACCAGAACCGAAACCGACCUGGAAAUCAAAACAGGAAGUAGAAAUAAAUACAGCUGGGAGCCCUAUAGACGACCCUGUCAGGGAGCAUCACAGAGGCAGGCUGUAGAGAAGAGGGGGCCAGAGGGGACCAGACGUAUUGGACUACGGACGAUCUUAAAGAGAAGAUAGAGCCUUACAACAUGACCCUCUUGAGAGAGAUCAAUCAGAAUGUGAGGAGAAUCAGGCCGUCGCAGCUGGAGAGGCUCGUCCGGCGAGCGGAGCAGCUCAGAGAGGAGCUCAGACACGGUGCGAAGAAGCCUUAUAAAAACCUGACGAAUGUCUUCUGGGGUGAUCUUCAGGGAGGAGGAGUGAGGCCUUUGUCGUUUGUUCGACAGGUUCUUGCAGCCUGCUAUUACCCACAGCUUGUCCACAGUGACAAACUUCCAAUCGAUGUCAGAGAGAGGGCUCAAACACUGCUGGGUGCUUGUGAGGGAGGGAGUGUGGGUUCCUACACAGCCACAAGUGGCAUACGUCAUGUUCAGGAAAGUGUAGCAAGAUUCAUAUGUCAGAGAGAUGGAGGUGUACCAUCCAACCCUGACAACAUCUACAUCACCACUGGCUCCCAGAGAUCAAUCAUGAAAGUUCUCAAGCUGCUGGUCCAUCGUGAAGGCUUGCCCCCGACCGGUGUGUUGACUCCAGUACCUGGCUACCGAAGCGUCACCAUGGUCCUGGAGGCGUUCGGAGCUGCCAUUGUGCCCUACUACCUCAGCGAGGGCCGAGGCUGGCAGCUGCAGACACAGGAGCUGCAUAGAGCGCUGCGGGCCUCUCAGGGCAGCUGCAAGCCCACUGUGCUCUACGUCAUCAACCCAGGAAACCCCACAGGUCAUGUCCAGAGCAGGAAGUCUAUUGAAGAAGUCAUCCGGUUCGCUGCAGAGAAGAAACUCUUCCUAAUGGCUGAUGAGGUGUAUCAAGACAUGAUGUUUGGGAAAGGUAAUACGUUUGUCUCCUAUAAGAGAGUCCUGGCAGAGAUGGGCCCCCCCUUCUCUCACACAGUGGAACUGGCCUCCUUCCACUCAGCAUCCAAAGGCUUCAUGGGAGAGGCAGGUCUGCGAGGAGGCUAUGUGGAGCUGGUAAACCUGGACCCCAGCAUCAUAGACUAUGUCCACACCCUCUUCUCCACCGAUGCUGGGGCGCCUGUGUCUGGCCAGUUGGCCCUGGAACUGAUGGCUCAACCUCCCAGGCCGGGGGAGCCCUCGUACCCCGUCUACGCUCAGGAGACCCAGGCCAUCCGGGCCAUGCUGGUCCAGAACAUGGGCCGGGCCCUGGAGGUCCUCAACAGCCUCCCGGGGGUCAGCUGUCAGGCAGUGGAGGGAGGAGCCUUCGUCUUCCCCAGACUGCACCUCCCACCCAGAGCAGUCCAACAGGCCCAGGAGGCUGGCCUGGAGCCUGACCUGCUGUACUGCUCCAUGCUGCUGGAGGAGGAGGGGCUGUGUGUGGCACCGGGGUGUGAGCAUGGGCAGUUGGAAGGGACACAUCAUCUGAGGCUCUCCAUGGCAACAUCGGUGGAGAGGGCGGAGGAGGCCCUGAGACGUCUGACAGCGUUCCACCUGCGCUUCACGGAGGACUUUUCCUAAGCAGCAACCUGCCAGAGACACACCAGCACCUCAUCACACUAUAACCCUGUGAUCAAUCAGUAACAUCCACAUCACGUUUCUAAGUUCUGGCUUUAUGGAAAGAAUCACACACACAAACCAAUGAGUGUUUUAAAAUGUAUUUGACAUUCAUAUAUCACUUAAAUACGAUGAAUAAUUUGCAACAAUAAAUUAUAUUGUUUUUCCAUUGA